GAAGAAGGAAAUUAGCAGUACUAAUAUUUGAUCAGUAGACGAAUAGAGAAGGCUAGGGUCUGAGAAAUUGUUGAUCAACCACUGGAGCAAGACACCAAGAAUGAGAGGUAGUGCUACCACUCUCUGGCGAUUGGCAAGACGUCCGCGUCUUCCAUUCCAACAACCCGCGCAAGUUAGCAAUAAUAACACUGCGCUCUCUAUCGCACGCCGCCUCUGCGCAACCGCGCCCUUUCGCCGCAAUGAGUUCUCCUCUUCCCGCCACCCACCACCCUUUCGAUUCUCCACCGGGCAACGUAGGAGCAUGUUCAUCCAAACGCAGGCCACGCCCAAUCCCUCCUCUCUCAUGUUUUAUCCCGACAAGCCUGUCAUGCAGGUUGGAAGCGCCGACUUUCCUAACCCUCGCUCCGCCAUGAAUUCCCCCCUCGCCAAAUCGCUCUUCGCAAUAGACGGCGUUACUCGCGUUUUCUUUGGAUCCGAUUUCGUUACCGUUACGAAAUCGGAAGACGCUGCCUGGGAAUUUCUGAAACCCGAGGUCUUUGCCGCUAUUAUGGAUUUCUACUCUUCCGGUCAGCCUCUCUUUUUAGAUUCUCAAGCUGCCGCCGCCAUGGACACGGCUAUUCACCAAGAUGAUUCUGAAACAGUGGCGAUGAUCAAGGAGCUGUUAGAGACUCGAAUUCGGCCAGCAGUGCAAGAUGAUGGUGGGGACAUCGUAUAUAGAGGUUUUGACCCAGAUACUGGAAUAGUAAAACUUAAAAUGCAAGGGGCAUGCAGUGGUUGCCCAAGUUCAUCAGUGACUCUGAAAUCAGGCAUUGAAAAUAUGUUGAUGCAUUAUGUUCCUGAGGUAACAAAUUUGGCAAUAUCUUUUUGUGAUGAGCACAAUGUAUUUAUUAUUGUUAUCAUACCUGAUGGUGAACUUAAUCUUCCUUUAGCAUUGAAAUUGUAACAUCCCAAAAAUACAGUGUAAAACUAUAUACGAGAAUAAUCACAUAUUAACAAUACUACAGAUCAGUUCAACACUUAGCGAGAUACAAUUACGGCCGACCGACCUUACAUAACAGCAGGAAAAUUUAAAACCGAACGCUAGCUACCAUUAGACCGAACGGUGUACAAAAUAACUUAUACCGAACGGUCUUACAAAAGAUAAAGCUAAUAACAGACUGAACGUUCCUAAGGUUCGGCCUUCACUUCCGCCUCUUCCAAUACUUCUUCCAGCAGCUCUUCUCCUUAUGCUCACAUUCACAAGGAUGAUCAUUGCAACAGGACAACAACAAGACGCACAACACAAACAAAAUGAUAAACAAGGUAAGCUUAUGUAAUUUAAUUUAUUCCAUGACAACAUACAACAAUCAUAAUUAAAUCAACAACACCCAAAUCAUCAUUCAUACAUCAUGGCAUGCAAAGAACGACCACUUGACUUUGACUGUCCGGAAUGUAUGAAUCUUGUGUAGCUACGACGUUCGUGCACCCGGGUGAUGUAGUAACUGGGAUGCCCUCAACAGCUGCCACCCGAGGUUAAUCCAUUUUGUCCAAGUUAACCUUAUGGACUAGGAUCUCCUGCCAUUCCCACACAUGACUUACUCCUCUCUACUUGAGAAUGAGUAAUCAUGGAAUAUCAGGAUAAACACCCGCUAAGCUUUGUCCACAUUCAUACUUUACAAUUCAAUAACCACUAUCUGAGAUAUUCCUCCCUGGAAUACUCGUUCAUCACCAAACUAUUUCAUUCACAUCACAUUUCAAAUUCUCUCAUACUUUAUCAUCCAUAUAUUCAAAUGAAAUAAGAUCAUACGUUCUCAUCAUAGCACAAGUACAACUGGAAUAACACUUCUUAGAAACUAACAUGAUCGAGCGCUAUUUACGAAUUUAUCCACCUCAAUAAACAGACCCCUAAGAGUUCAAACUGGACGACAUGAAGCCUAGGCCGAGUACUAAGACUCUAGGUCUAGACCAACACUGUUUGACACCCAAUAUUAAUACUGAUGAGAAACUAUGAAGUAACGAACGCUAUCGAGUUUGGCUGAAAACUCUUAUUCUAAAAACGGUAAUAAUAGAUUACUGAAACAAGACCCCGCGCUUGGUUUAAGACCGAGCUCUAUAGAAACCGAACACUAUCGAACGAGCGCUGGUCCAAGACCAAGUACUUAUCAGGAACGAGCGCUAUUGAGAUCGAACGCUUGGUCCAAGACCGAGCACUAAUAAACUUACAUAAAACGAAA